UUAUCACCCAGGAGGGUCGGCCUGAUGGUGUUGAAAGCACUGGAAAAGUCAAAAAACAUGACCCUCACAGUGCUCGCCGGCUGGUCCAGAUGGGUGUAGACACAGAUAGCAGCAGGUGAGACUAUAAGAACAACAGGAAAAAGACUUCACCAGGUCCACUCUGCUAAAAUCCAAAUUACAGACCUUACACUGUAAUUUUGCUUACAACCAGCAGGGGAAACUAAUCUGGUUCACAAAUGCUAGGAUCAGAGUACUAGAGGAAAGAAAUACAUUAAUUCCAUUUUCCACAUACCUGUGAGAAAUAGGUCACAGGUACUAUUUAUAAUUGAGCCAUGAUUGGUAGAGAUGGGCGGACUGAUCCAAAUAUCCAUAGUUCCAGUUCCAGUCAUGGUAUUGCUAUCGAUAUUGGUAAUAGGAUACUUUGUUUCUCUUCUAAGUUCAGUAUUUUGACCACUAAAAGAUAGCUCAAACAUACAAUAUGAAAAAUGUCUGAACCUAUUUGUGUUGGUUGUCACAUCUAUUUUAUCCAUAGCCCGUAAAACAUUUACAUAAGUUUACCCACAGUGCUUUAGAGAAAGGCACAUUUAAAUUCCAGUUCUCCAAAAAAGCCCAGGUUCACGAAAUACAUGAAAAGCCCAAAUAUCUGCUUUCUUGUGUUUAAGUAGGAUUAAUGGGGAUUAAUUAGGAUUGUUAUGUUUAACAAAAUUAGCGAUUUAGUGGUCAUUAAAAUGUGUGCUCAUAAAUCAUGACACACUGCUCUACCCUACAUAAGCCAUCUGUGGCGGGGCGUGGUAACAGAGAGACUGGACCUUCAUCAGUUCUCACACCUCUCCUUCAUAAGACCUGCCCUGAGGUUGUUGUUGUGUGUUUGAGGUUGGCAGCUGAAAAGCUGUGGCCAAGUGUGUUAGGACAUCUAGCAACUGAAUAAAAAGGGUAAAGUGUAAGCUAUGUGGUUGGGUCCAUCAUUCUGUUACACCCUCUUUAUAGGUUACAAUUAUUGGUAUUAUAAUUAGCAGUACUGGCCCUGUUUUUACUUGGUGUAGGAUCAGUAUAAAAAUUUGCAGUAUUGCACUGAACUAGUCAGCCAGGGGAAGACUAUCAUGGAUAUCACUAAUUUUGUUCUUCAGUGCACGUAUCACUGUCCAUCCUACAGAGAAGGUCUUAUUAAAUGAAAGUUAAAGCUUUGGCUAGUAUGUAAUUUUUAUGUCAAAAAUUAGUAAAAUUAUAGUUUAUGCUGAUUCUUCUCUCCUUUUUUAUAUGUUUGCUUGAAAAUGUAUGAAAACUAUAAAAGUGUGAAUGCUAAUGCCACCACCAUUUUUAUAUGACAAAAAUAGUCAUAAUAUAAACCUCUAAUGAGGUUUUUACCUUCACCUCUGAGGAAAAAAAGAAUUUCCUUAAAAAGUGAAAACUUUCUUAAAACUAUAGCUUAGUGUUUAGAGCAACAUGCACAUUCUUACUGGCUUUCUUCAUACAUUAAUCAUUAAAGUCUUUGACAGAGUUGCUUCUUUUUACAUACGGUCGCAGGUUUGAGUGGCUUUCAGGAGAAAGCAUUAUUGACAGAAUAAGUGGAGGAGAGCUGUCAUGUUCAAAAUGCUAAAGCAGUAUAGCUAGCAAUAGCAGAGGAUUUCAAACAUCAAAGAGCUCAAAGUGAGGCCUGGGGAAGAUUCCAUUCUUCAGUGUCAGAGUCCCAGAGAUGACGUCAUCAUCCUGCUGGAGUGGAGAAGAUCUGAUCUCAAGUCAGACACCUAUGUGUUCUUCUUCCGAAACCAGCGUCCAUAUGAAAACUACCAGCAUCAGUUCUUCAAAGGCCGAGUGGAGCUGAGAGAUCCAACCAUGAAGGACGGAGACGUUUCAGUGAUUCUGAAGAACGUCAGCACCAGCGACACGGGAACAUACGAGUGUGAGAUUACAGUCAGGAACACAGAAGGUGUCGUGACUGAGACUAAGCACUCUGUCAACCUCACAGUCACCACCUCAGGUUUCACAGAUGAAGACACCAAGGAUGGAGGAGACAAGGAUGGAAGAGACAGGGAUAAAUUUCUUCCUGUCAUAAUUAUUUUAGUUUUUGCUUUCCUUAUAAUAAUUACUGUUAUUUCCAUACGUAUCCACAGAAAACAGCAUAGAAAUUAUAUGUAGCUAACAGCAAAAGUUAAACAGCUGAUAUAAAAUGCCUGAGGUCUGCGUACUCCUGAAUGAUUGGAGGUUCUGCUGUUCCAUAAAGAUGUGAAUGUGUUUGAAAAGAGCAAUUUUAUUAGGACUGCAUGCAGAAUCUCGCUUUUUCAACUUUUAAUCACAGAUGAAACAUUUCUGUGUUAAUGAUCAGAAAAUAUCAACAAGGCUGCUGUGGAUAGCACUGCACACCUUGCACAUUGUUUUAUUUUAUUUUGUUCAAGGCUUUCUAUGCAUGCCUGCUGUUAGAUUACAAAAACAAAUCUUAGUAGUUUAGAGUGUUAAUAUGAGUGAUUUAUUAAAUAAUUAUACAGUAUAAGUUAUGGGACCCUCUAGGAUCCAUUUAACAUAUGAAAAACCCUGAAAUCUAAUGUAAAUUUGGGUGACGGUUUUGACAUUAAAGAUCAUGCUUUGGCACCCAGUCCAAAGUAUGAUUUUGCAAAAGAUUUUUACUUCCAGGAAGUACCCCCCCCCCCCCCAAAAAAAAAAACCCAAACAAAACGAAACCAAAAAAAACCUCAGAUAAGCUAAUGAGGCAAAUGGAGUGAGUGAGAAUUGCAUUGUGAAAACCUGUUAAUGCCCUCUGAACCAGGACAAGCUGGCACCCACUACAGUUUAGACUGAGCAGUUCAGCAGCUAUGAAAUCUCCUACUAACCAAUUAGUUCUCUGGAAAGUGGCGACACCAUUCCAGGAAGAUCUCUCAGAUCUCUGAGGAGUACGACAAAGUAUCAGGGCCACAUUAAGAAAAACAAAUUAUUGUUCAUUUUCAGAAUAAAGUUUAUAUGCAAAGAUUAAAGCUGUCAUUUCAAGUCAAAAAACUGCCACAGCUGCUGUAGCCUCCACAAAAUGCUAUGUGUAGAUCAGUAAGUGGAAUGUCCUUCAGAAGGAUACCAAUGGUUACACCCUCGUGCACUGAAGAGGAUGUAUGUACAAUCAAAACACUGCUGAACAGUGUCAACAGUACAUACAGAAGGAAUAGGAGCCUGGCAGAAGUUUAACUUGAAAGAACAACUGUAAUCUCUACACUUUAAUUAUAUUCUCAAAAUGAACAAUUUAAAAAUAUGUUUUCUUAAUGUUGCCCUGAUACUUUGUCAAAUGGAAGGCGAGAGUAAGAAGGUCUGAAGAGUUUCAAUAAGUGUCUGAUGUCUUUGUGUUUCCCUGUUGACUUUCAGUAUUGAAUAUAAAUACUUAGAUGCAAGUUAGUAGCUGUUGGCAGCAAAACAAUUUUACAAUUUCAUUAUUAUAAAAUCAUCAAUAUCUUAUUCUAAAACAGGACUCCUGUACUUGACCUCAUAUCAAACUUGUACAUAGACUAAGCCUAAUGUCUGUUUUUCUAUUUAAUCUUUACUCUCAAACACUUAAACAGCUGAAAGAAUAAAAGCUAAAACUGUCAGGAUCAGGUUAAGCCUGACUUUACUAAAUCCAGUGAAUGGAGCACAAACUGUGCGCGGUCAUGGGAGUGUGUGUGUAUUCAUUUGGUGAUUUAUAAAAUGUAUACAUGUUAUUAUACUUGAUUCUUAUUUGUAGAGUCACCAAACCAGGACUGUCAUGGCUAAUGUGUGGCUUAACAAGCUGCUGUAAAUAAAAGAAUCAGUGGAAACGUGGAGCUUCCAGACCAUUUGAAGCUGACAUCAAGAACAUAAUCUCCUCCUGGAAGUUUUAGUUUUUAUCCUUUCAGAUGCAUUUUAAAUAUAACAACAACAUUGUUGUUUUACAUUUUAAAUAUAACAACAAAAUUGAAAUUCAAAUUUGAUAUGAAGCCAGCAAGUACAGUGCAGGUGUCCGGUUUUUGAUUGUUAAGAACAAUAAAAAGGUGUAAAAUUGUUUGCUGCAAAAAGAAAAUGAAGAUCAGGGAGUAAAGUUCUGCUUAAAAAUUUAAAUUCAGACCCUCCUACUCUCACCUGUGAUGCUGAUUUCGCACAGCAUAUGUUACCAUGGCGAUUUACCCCAGUAAGAAGCAAACUACCUGUGUAGUACAGAAAACCCAGAAGUUACUUGAAUAAGCCAAAAUCAGUGGUUUGUUGUGCAUUGUUAUUUCAGUCUUACACGUCUUUGUUAGUCAGUGGUUUGUUUGUUUGUCAGUGCAUUGCUACCUUUGCCCAACAAACCCUUCUGACAAAUACUGAAUUAAAAGUGACAGCAUUUAUAUGAUGUAUGUAGAUAUUUUAUAAAAAUCCCACAAUCAUGUGUUUUUGCAUUUGACAGUUUAACUGAGCAUCAAAUCAUAUGUAAGAUUAGAGUUGUGUGUCACAAUGUAAUGUAUCAUGAAUCAAGCUAUAAUGUUCUGUAUGUUUGUAUGUUUGCGGGGUGAUGAUGUACAGACUUUUUAUGUUUUGCUGUGAUUGUUUUAAUAAAGAUGUUUAUAUUCUUUUAUCUUUUGUACAUUUGUCUUAAAUUAAUAUGCAUAAGAGUAAAUUCUUUGUGUAGACCCACAGCUUACAGGACCUCCAGCAACCAGCUGUGUUCAUCCAAGGUGUUCAUCCAAAGAGACUACAGCUCAGGCACCAUAUGCAAGUUCCAGACCAAGUUCCCUUCAGAGCUUGAGUCAAGGAUCGAUGAGCAGCAGUUUGAGGAGACCAUUCAGACGCUAAACAACCUGUAUGCAGAAGCAGAAAAACUCGGGGGGAAGUCCUACCUGGAGGGCUGUCUGGCUAGCCUAACGGCCUACACCAUCUUCCUCUGCAUGGAAACACAUUAUGAAAAGGUGUUAAAGAAGAUUGCCAGAUACAUUAA